AUUUUGCAACUCUGUACAAGACUUGUGUGGGCGCAUUCAGUUCAGACUGACCAGCAGCACCAAGAGUAAGCGCGAUUAAAAGUCAUUUUUUACUUAGAGAAACUGGGUAGUUGAAGACGGAUUUUUUUUGCUCUUUGGAAAUGAAGGACAUAUUCACACCGGAUUAACUCGGCGCAACAUUUUCUUAUACUUAUUGAACUCAAUAGCCGUUUUUUUCCCAGUAAUUUCCGGGGCUUUUUGACAUCCAAACAAUGGCCGACAGCACGCAACACCCGCAUGUCAUCUUUUGCAACGACUCGCCCAAGAGGGUGCUGGUGUCCGUCAUCAAGACCACGCCGAUCAAGCCCGCGCAGGCCGAGGCCAUGACGCCCACCAGCCCGGGGUUCAGCGACUUUAUGGUGUACCCAUGGAAGUGGGGGGAGAACGCCCACAAUGUGUCACUGAGCCCGGGCUCAUUGAGCGGGGCUUCGUCUCCCAGCGGCACCACCGGAGAGGCGGACACAGCCCAAUCCCCCGAUCAGAUGAAGGACGGCAUCCGGAGAGGCCGUCCAAGAGCUGAGACCGUCCGAGAGUUGAUCAAUGAAGGUGAAACGUCCUCCAGCCGCAUCCGCUGUAACAUCUGCCACCGGGUGUUCCCCAGAGAAAAGUCGCUUCAGGCCCAUAAGAGAACACACACAGGCGAGCGACCAUAUUUGUGCGACUAUCCAAACUGCGGAAAGGCGUUUGUCCAGAGUGGUCAGCUGAAGACGCACCAGCGGCUGCACACCGGAGAGAAACCCUUCGUCUGCUCGGAAAAAGGAUGUGGCAAUCGAUUCACACACGCCAACCGCCAUUGCCCCCGGCAUCCAUUUUCCCGCCUCAAGAGGGAGGAGCCGAAAGAAGGGGUGGGCAAGGCACAGUCUGUGGACAACAAGGCGGUGGCAGAGUGGUUAGCAAAGUACUGGCGGACCCGCGAACAGCGCACCCCCAACUCCCCCACCACCACCAAGGGGAAAGUGCAGAGCAAAGCCAGAGCGCAAGAUCAGGAGCAGCGGGAUCCCAUGGAGUUCCUUCAGUCCGAUGAGGAGAAUGGCGAAGAAGAGGAGAUGGUAGAGGAAGAGAAGGGCAACCACGGCGGAGCCGCCAAGCGCCGCCUCCAGGAGCAGCGUGAGCGUCUCCACGGCGCUCUGGCACUCAUCGAGCUUGCCAACCUGUCUGCCUGAGCAGCACUCUCCCUCAUUUCCCCAAAAUUACUUAUGUCCAGCUCCAGUCUGCCUUCCUUCCUGUGCUGUAGCUCGAAAACCAUUCCCUUACACAGAUCCUCUAUUGCAGGGGUGUCCAAACUUUUUCCACCAAGGGCCGCACAUGGAAAAAUUAAAGCAUGUGGGGGCCAUUUUGAUAUUUUUUAUUUUCAAACCAUACCAAAAUACAGAUUUUUUUUUUUUACCUUUAGGGCUCCGGGGGACCAUAAAGGGUCUAAGUCAUUAUAAUGUUAAAAACAAGUCAAAUUAUGAUUUUUUUUUUUUUAAUUUAAUGCUUACAGUAGUAAAUCUCUGCAGUAUAUCAACUUCAGGUUGAUAUUAAGUUUUUAAAAAAGGCAUUAUGCCUUUUCUGUCAAAGACAAUUUUGUUUUUUAUUAUAAAACUGAAAUAUGCAGUAUUUCCCCCACUGCCCAAAACAUUCAGAAAGCAAUGUUUGAUGUGAAGUAAUAAGAGCCUUAAAAAGAUCAAUAAUGCAGGACACCAUUGAUUUGAAUUAUUAUUAUAUAAUAUAUUAUUUUUGAGUAAUUACAGUGAAAAGAUAAAUAAAAUCCCAUUAAAAAUAAAGUGAUACAUUUUUAUUAGUUUGUUUUUAUUUUCAACAUUUAAGUUAUGAGAUCAACUUCAGAUAUAUCUGUCAAUUUUACAUUUGAACUAUUAUUUUUGUUUGUUUUAUGCUCUGUUGUCAAAGAAAACAUUGUUUUUGUAUGGCUACCAUGCAAUAUUUUGCACAUAAAACAUUUUAAAGUGAAAUAUCUGAAAUAAUCAAAGCCAUGAAUAGGUCAAUAAUUCAUUAUAACAUUGUUUUUUGGAGCAAUGGCAAAAAAAGAAUAAUAAAGAUAGACAAAAGAAGAUAAAACAGCCUGCAUGGCAGCUUUGUGUCAACAUUGCAACUUUUUCUAGUUAGAUUUCACCUCAUUCCCCUUUUUUUUUGGGAAAGUUUUUUUUAGAUUUUUGCAAUAGCAUUUCCAGAAUGUGUGGCGGGCUGGUAAACUAUUAGCUGCGGGCCGCAAAUGGCCCCAGGGUUGUACUUUGGACACCCCUGCUCUAUUGCUUCAAGAACUGGCUUGAUAUCAGUGUUUGUCCACAGCAACAACACCCCUCCCUCUGGAAGGCACAAGCUAAAGCACCUUAUUCAGCUUCCAUUUAUCCUUUUAGGCUGCUAUUGUAGAUUUAACUAUAUGAAGAAUGUCGCUCUUGUCGGCCUUUUAAAGGCAAUCAAAGAGUACCUAUUGUGUUUUUAAGUUGUUUUCUUGUUUGCACUUUGACGGUAACAAGUUUUUAAAGGUAUGAUUGGCGUAUGUGAUUGUAAAUAUGGUUGAAGAGUAGAUGACAGGGUGUAACACCUCACGGUCUGACUCAAAGUCUCUUUGGUGUAGAACGGGGGUCUCAAACUCAAUUUACCUAGGGGCCGCUGGACGCACAGUCUGGUUGAGGUUGGGCCGCAUCAGGUAUUCCACAAGAGAAGCUUUGUUUAAAAAAAAAUUCCAAUCUUCUCGAAUAUUUUUAUUUAUUUUUUUAAACACAAAAUAAAAUGAAAAAUACAUGAACCAAUUAAAAAUUAACAAGAAAAUAAAUAGAUAUACGUUUUGGGCUGUGAAGUAUAUUUUAAUUCCACUUGGUGUUACAGUCGUGUUUAGGUGACGUAUGAAGAGCGACUCAAUUCACAAAAUGUAAUUUCCGCAAUGUGCGUCAUUUCAGCUUUUUUUUCCCUGUAAUCGCUGCACAGCGGUUGAAUAGUAGACUGGUAACAGCCUCGUUUGUUUUUGCGCCUGAUGUUCAUGUCUUUCAAGAUGACAUGAACACCAUGACAUUUGUAGAUGGUACAAAGUACCGGGAUAUUGAGUGCAAAAAGACGAAUGUUCCUGGAGUGUUUUAUCUGCUGUACUCUUGUUACAGGAAAAAGAAACGGAAAUGACAGAAUGCUGUUGUGGUAAAUGUAGUCAAAGAAACAAAACAAAUUACGUCAAAUAGAAAUGUAUGUAGUGUUCAUCAUUUUAGGCAAUGCAUUAAGUGGGAUGUAAAUAAAAAAAGACCCACAAAUAAUGGUGGCCCUGUUAUUCGUCCAGGUUAUCGGGGGCUGUUAUUGCUGGAGUUCCCUUCUUUUUUUUUAACCCUCCGUGUCACUUAGAUUUAUUUUGUUAGAGCGACAUGUGUAUUUAAAAAAUAUUGUUUAGGGUGCCGCAAUUGGCCCGUAGGCCGCGAGUUUGAGACCCCUGGGGUAAAACAAAGGCGAAAAUUGGCUUUUACCUGCACUAGCAAAGAGAUUGUGGCAUUUUUGUAAGAUACUUUUUUAUAGUUGGACGUGGGUCAUGUUUCUUUUCUGUGAGAAGGACAGGUGAUCAUUGCAAGCCAAAUUCACUCCUCACAACAUUGGACCACAUGCACUUAAGACUCUUUUCCACCUAGCAGUACAGUUACGUGCAAAAUAUUAGGUCUGCCACACUUUAGCUUUGUUUCUACAGAGCAGUUAGUUUACGGUAUAGUUUGUAUUAGGUAAACCGCAGCGUUUUUGACACAUAUUCUGUAUAACUGCUGCACAAGUCAGACAGCUACAAAUACUUUCAACACAAAGGUGCAGUAGAAGCCUGUCUUAGGUGUUAAACUGGAAUACAGUUUUAAAAGAAAGUGUCGCCCAUCUUCACACAGGGUGUUGAAUACAUUGGGUUUCUUACAAAUAGAAACAAUAAAAUGUAGCCAAGUUACAUUACUGGGCUUUACAGUGGGAUCCGAAAGGCAGCACUAUGGUACCAAUAGUGGCGCUUGUCAAUUUGGUUUUCAGAUAUUCAUAACUGCCCACUUAGUGAUGAGAACAAGUAAAAAGAUUAUAUUGACUAUACUGUACUCCUUGGUAGAAACAAAGCUGAGACAAAAUAUUAAAGGUUGGGUGUAUAUCAGUAAAGAGGCUCGUGGCAUUUAUUUUCCAAAUAAGCGGAUUGACAGUUAUUCUGGUCUCAAAGUUUGACUUUUUUUAACCUUUUUGGUCAGUAUUUAAAGGAAGCACUUGGGUUUAUUUUUAAAGAAUAAUCUUGAAAUAAGGCUUGCAAUGCCCUAAAUACACAUGCUGUCCAGGAAAAAGGCUCCAGUUUGUUAUAGAUUUGUGUUAGUCGUGCUGGUUUUUUUCUUUGUCUUUAAAGCUACACUACAUGAGAACAUUGUAUCACGCUCCCUAAUAACCCUACUUCAGUUUUUGUUUUAUUUUCGGAGCAAAUUGUGCACUAGAAACCAAUCAUGAUUGCAGUUUUUGGAUUCCCAAACAUCACAAAAGGUUAAACUGGAAAUUAGAUUAGAAUCAAGUCACCAAAAGUAUUUUGAGUAUAGUAUAUUCUAAAUCAUUUCUUCUAACUCAUAAACUUUUUUCUUUAUUUUUUGGAGUGAGUGUGGUGUGCAAAAAUAAUGGCAUUUAAUAUAUACAAAUUGUUAGAAUAAUACUGAUUGUGCAUAACUUACCAAAAGCUUGGACAAAUAAUUCUAGAAUCACUUCUCUCACAUUCUAACAUUUUCAUACAUGUAUAGAGUGACUUUUACUUGGUUUGUAUGGUAAAGUUUCUUUAACAAGCUGUCCAUUUUAUUAUAACCUUGCUGGUUUUCAAUAAAUAAACAAUCUGAUCCGUA